UCCCAUCUUCUUUGGGGGGAGGCUUGCAGUGCAGAAUAAGACCGGUUUUUUGCUUGUGGGUUCUCUCUCCUACUAUUAUGUUAUUGUUGUUUUGUUGUUGAUUAGGCUCGUGGGGUUAAUGAUUAACUUAAUAGACAACCUCAUUCUUUUUUUCCCCUGUUGUUACUACUAUUAUUCUUUUUUCGACCUUACUUUAUUUUUAUUUUUCCUUCUUUCCCAUGUUUGCAUUCGAUAAGUUUCUAACGGAUGGAGAUUUAACUUUCUAGACCUUACUCUUGUUCAGCAAAGUUCUACGAGUCAAGGCUCGGAACAUAAUCCUUAAAAGGUCUCAAAAGGGGGGGCAUUGAGGGAAGGAACAACCCUUUAAGCUGAACUCUUCCUGGGACCCCCCAGUAACGACCAGGACCCAAGCAACCUAAACAACCUAAACAACCAAGUCAAGAAAAAAGGGUUCUAAGGUUUCCAAGGCUUCCUUUUUAAACAAACUGCCCGAGAUACCCUGUCCUCCGUCCCACAACCCGAAACAAUAUCUGACAAUGCUAAGGGGUACAACUUGUACUCCUCCUUUAAGACCACCUGCUUCUAUCGCUAGUCCUCUUGUUCCUCGAGAAAGAGAAACAAGGAUGGAAAUCGAACGACACGCGCCUGCAACAGCACCGUCAGUAGUUAUGACAGGGGAACGCGAGAGAAUGCAUGAGCAUGACAACGGAAUAACCAUGACUUUUGAUCCUCAGGAAUACGACCCUACCUCUCUUACUACCCCAUUACGAUCUCCCAGGAUUCCUGCGUUAUUCCCCGAUAGACGCCACAGUAGUAGUAGCAGUAUUGAUAGCGACAUACCCCAUCAACGGCAGCAAUCGGCUCCGAAUCUACAGUCGCAUGCUGCACUUACACCAGAUUCGCGGCAGCACGCCAGACGACAGUCCCAAGGCAUGCCAUUUACCGGAGACGGACGAUCUACUACCGCUCGACGGCCGGAAAAUUCACCGGGACGGUUUGGGGGCUGGUUAAGCGCACCGAAUAAUUCGACGGACGGCCGCGCACCUUCACCUGACACGACGCCGAAGUCGAAACGUGGUGUUGCGACCGCGGAGUCUACACCUAAGAGCGCGACGCCCUCACGCUUCGGAUUUCUCGCCUCCUCUAUGUCGGCGUUGACCACGCGGUUGACUACCGGCCAACAAGCCCCCGCCACGCCGUCUUCGUCCAUGUCGAUUCCGAUUGACCCGCUCGACGCCGAUGAUGAACUAUGCACAUUAGAUAUCGAAGCUGCUCUAUACCCCGGCUCGCAUUCGGGCCUGGGUGUUAGUAUGGGAGGAGUGGAAAGAGAUGAUACCUUCUCGCCGGCCGCGUAUAAGAAUCUACAAGUCAAUGCUGCGGGAUUAUUGCGGAAAAUGCAAGAUGCGUAUCGUCGACGGACGGUAGCGUUAAAAGAAGCGCAGGCUGAGAAGGAGGUCCAGAGGGAAGAAGCUGAGGAGGCCGAGCUGCGCGCGAGGAAUUUUAAAAAUCAACUUGAGAGUAUGGCGGUUAAGGCCGCCGAGCAGGAGAGGGCUAUGAGGAGGUUAGUCGAGGAAUUGAGGAUGGAGCGGGAGGAGAGGGGGCGAAGAGAACAAGAAUAUCAACGCCAUGGCAGGUAUGACUCGAACGGGAAAAUGAAUAUCGAGGGACCUCUUAUUACGGAGGACUUAUGUGUCGAUGAAGCGGAACAAGAAGAGAAGGAACGCAAGCGCUGGCGUAAGAGCGAUGGUACUGUGCGCUCGGACCUGAGUAUCGAUACCACGGCUAGUAAUACGACGGAUGGCGAGAGCGCGGGUGAAUCUGAGAGUAUAUUUUCUCGCAGUCGUAGCCCGACGGCUAUGACAAGUGCUACCGAGAGCGAGAACCUCGAGUUGUUGACUGUUCGGACGCCGCCUCCGCCAACUCCCUCGUCGUUGUCAAAAUCUAGUAAGACACCGACGCCUAUAAGUACUACGAUUAUCGCUACCACAAAUGCCCCCCAAUUAUCGGCUUUCCAGAAGUUGGUUAAGGGCAUAUCGGGUGAAGACGGAUGUACCAAUUGCAGGGGUCAGGACUCAAGCGUGGCGUGGGAUACUGUCAGUUUGUUACGAGACGAGAAUAGGAGUCUGAAACACCGUGUCGCACAGCUCGAGGUCGUUGUUGAGGGUGCGUUGGAUGUUGUAAACGGGAUUAAAAUAUCGUAAAAUACGAUGUGACUAUCAAUCUGUCUACCAAUCAAGGAGGUAUUUAUUGUUUGCUAGACUACUCGGCUUAGACGGAGAAAUGGGCGGUAAGGGAGAGAGGGGAAAGAGGUACGAUAGGUGUAUGAUGAUAACUCCCUUAUGUCAUCGUCUAGCAUUGGGUCUCUUGCAUU